AUGUCGUUCGUCCGGUCUCUUCGAGCAGUACCUCUGAGAGCCCCACGAGCAUUAUCGCCCUUGCAGCUAUCUCGAAGCAUGACUACGUACCAGCACACCAUCCUGCACCGCACGCAUCCUUGGGUAGCGCAGCUGGUGACCGAGCUGCACGCGCAGUCGGAGCAGCAAGAUGCGCAGGGCACGGGCAUCUCUUCGCUCAAUUCGCAAGACGUGCAGAAACGCGACUUUAGCCGCUUCAGCCACAAGAUGAUUGCGCUCGAGCAGGACAAGGCGGAGCUGAUCUAUGCGGUGCUGCGCAACAAGAAGGCGACGCGCAUCUUUGAGGCUGGCACCUCGUACGGCGUGUCGACGAUCUAUCUGAUGAUCGCCUCGCAAGCCGCAGCUGCCGCCGCUUCGUCCGACAAAGCUAUGGUGUGGGGCACCGAGAAGGAGGAUCACAAGGCGGAUGCUGCGGUGGCCAAUAUCGCUACGGCGCUAAAGCUGCCCAAGGGCACGAGCGAUAUCCCCGGCUUCACAAUGUUGCGAGGCGACAUCCUCGAACAGACUCGAAAGGCCAACAUCGGGAAAAACAGCCUAGACGCUGUGCUGUUUGACAUCUGGGCCGAAUUGGCGCUGCCGACGUUCAAGCUGCUCGAACCUUCGCUCCAGGCGGACGCGGUGCUUUUUAUCGACAACUGGCUCACCGGCGUCGAGAUCGGCACGUAUACGGCUUUCAAAGAGUACCUCGAGGCGCAAGGCUGGUACGUGGCUGCGAUGCCCUUCAAGAAUGGCCUCGGUAUGGCCACUCGGGAAAUGUCGAGCCAAGCGUCCAAGCAAGAUGUUGCGCCCGGCUCUGCGGCCUGGCAAGAGCUGCACACCACGCUGCACUCCGUCGGCGACUCGAUCCGAAGAGAGGUCGUGGGCGAAUCGUACGUCGAGCGCAGCCUCUCGAACGCCAACGACUUUACGAUGCCCAUGCAGAAGCUGGCGACCGAGUAUGCGUGGGGAGGUAUCUGGUCUCGUCCGGGGCUGGCGCGUCGCGACCGCAGCAUCCUCAACAUUGGCAUGCUUGCGGCGCUGGGCAAGUCGACCGAGCUGGCUACGCACGUGCGCGGUGCGCUCAACAAUGGCGUGACCGAGACCGAGGUGCAAGAGUGCCUGCUGCAGGUGGCGACGUACGUGGGCAUGCCCGCCGGCAUGGAGGCCUUUCGUGCUGCCGACAAGGCGGUGCAGGAGUGGAAGGCGGCGCAAAACACUGCUUCGGCGUCGACGAGCAAGACCAGCUAG